AUGGGAUAUUACUGGCCAAAUAUGAAUAAAGAGGCAACAACUAUACAGGAAAAAUGUCAGGAGUGUCGACUGGCGAUAGAUAAGGAAGAAAGCUAUGUUGUGUUUGUUACAGAAGAUUGGCGAGUUCCCUUCAUAGAAUAUUUGGCUCAAGGGAUCCUACCAACUGACAUGACACUAGCCCACCAGCUCAAGAAGCUUGUAGACAGGUAUUUCUUGCAGAACGGUAUCUUAUUCAAAAAGGAAUACAGUGGGGAUCCCCUGAAAUGCCUAGGGCCAAAGGAAGCUAGAGAAGUAGUCAGGGAGGUUCAUUCCGGUGAUUGUAGGAGUCACACAGGAAAAAGAAGGCUCUAUAAGAAAUUAUUAUUGUUGGGAUAUUACUGGCCAAUGAUGAAAAGGGACUCUGAGGAGCUAGUCAAAACUUGCCACGCCUGCCAAAUCCUAGGAGAUGCGAUUCACACUAACCCAAAUGUUUUACAGGAUAUGACGACACCAUGGCCUUUUCACACUUGGGGAGGUUCGGGAUCCCCAGAAGAUUGA